AUGAUUGAUAACUUUUAUGGAAUUAAUUUAGUGGUUUUGGUUGUAACCGCCGGGGGAGAUGGCACGUUAACAUGGGUGUUUUCAGAGGUGGAAAAGCAUAAAAUAAAUCCAGAUUUCCUGGCAUUCGGAAUAAUUCCAUACGGAACAGGAAAUGACUUUGCUAGAGCUGUAAAUUGGAACAGUUAUCAUAAUUUUAAGCCUUUUGUAGAUAACCUGAGACCAUUGAGAUGCUAUUUUAAUCGACUUUUAAAAUGUUCUUAUAUUUUACAUGAUUUCUGGACGGUACUUCUGAGAGUACAUCCAGAUGGAAAAUUUAACAAAAUUAACUCCAAAACUAGAUUUAAGGAGGAUAUAUGUGAUGAUAAAGGUGAACUUAAAAAGGCAAUGAAAUUUAUGAUGGGCAACUAUUUUAGUAUUGGUACUGAAAGUAGAGUUGGAAGAGGAUUUGAUAGACAUAGGACUAAUAAUUCAUGUUUUAACAAAGUGAGAUACGUUGUUGAGGCGUUUAAAAAGAAUUUCAUGGGCCCAGUAUAUGUAAACAAACAAGUUGACAGAAUGGUCACUGGAGAGAAUUUUGAUAAAAUUGUAUUUACAUCAGAAACCGAAGAGGACGAUGAUGGAAAUAAUUAUCCGACGUUAACUAAAGCAAUAAGCUUAGUCGCAGGGAAUAUACCAAGCUUUUCAUCAGGAAUUGAUCCAUUUAGAACAGGCAGAAGAAUAGGGUUACAAAAUUUAACACAGGAUGAGUUGUCGGACUUGGUGAAAGCAGAGCAAACGAUGGGAGAUAGAACAAUGGAAUUUUAUCUGUACAAAAGGAUGCAGGAUAUUGGUCUUGACAUGUUGAAAUUUGGAAGAUCUAAGAGAGUACACGUGGGAGCAGGCCCAUGGAAGAUAUACUUUAAAAAAUUGCCUCCUAACGAAAAAUGUUACUUUCAAGUGGAUGGCGAAUUUUUUCUAAUGUUCCAACCAAUGGAAGUUGAAAUUAGACACUAUAAAACUAUUAAUGUUUUAAAAUAA